AUGAGUAAUUGUUCGGAUCAAACUUCUAAUUCUAAUUCUAAUCAUUUAUUAUUUUAUUGUCAUAGUGGUGAAUUAUUAUGGGGUCAAUUACAUUGUAUCUGUGAAGGUUAUUUUAAUCGUCGUUAUAAUCAAUAUGAUAGUCCUCAAUCUAUACCUGAAAUAUUGCCAGGUGGAACAAUAAAACAACGUUCAUAUAAAUAUCGAUGUCGAGCUGCUAAAGGUGAUUGGCAAGCUAAAUUAUAUCGUACUCGAUUGACUUUGGAAUCUGAACCAUUUAAUUCAGGUUAUAUUAUCUAUAAUAUUAAUCAUAAUCCAGUUGAAAUAUUACGACGUUGUGCUGCUGUUGGUAGCUCUCUUGAUCAAACCCAUAAUGAUUGUAGUAUUAUAUAUAUAAAUCGAUAUGAUUGGUCCUCGCAUCAUGAUUAUGAAUUCGAAUAUAAGAUUAAUCAAUUAUUAGGUAUUCAUGAUAGCAAUUUUGACGGUGAUAAUCCAUUGAAAAGUUUAUUUGCUCAACGUAUAAUGAUUAUUGACUCAGAGUCGGCUAUGAAUGUUAUUCAACAAUUAAAAUCUAAUCCAACAGAACUUGAACAAUCUCAAGAGAAAGUAUUUAUUCAUAUUCGUAAUAAAUCGAAUAAUCCAGUUGGAUUACAUUUAUCAAUUCCUAAUACUGACUAUGAACUUGCAUGGUUAGUAUUCAGUAAUGAUCAGCCUAAUGCAGAGUUAAUUGGAAUUGUCUAUGAUGGAAGUUAUACUAAAUUAGAUGGUCAAAUUAUACUCAAUCAAGAAGAUAUUGUCAGUUGGAAUGAAUAUGAAUUAAAAGAACAAGAACGAGCCCGUAUCCAAGCCGCUCUCUUGAAGAAAUUACGGUCUGAUAUUGAUAUUCGUACAAUAAUGAAUAAUCGUGGUCAUAAGACUAUCGAACAAUUAGCCAAUCAAUUUAUUGCACAAGGAUUUACAUUUCAUGAUAGUAUUGAAAUAGUACUGAAAUACAGUGAAAAGUAUAAAGAUUUUCAAUCAAUUGUUGUCACCAUACAAAACAAAUUAAUGGAACGUACUGAAAAUAAUAAUUUAUUCGGACGACCUGCUGGAAUUACAGAAACAUAG